UAAUUGAUUGCGCUUUAAAAGAGGACAAUUACUCUCUUCUCUUGUUUCGGAUAUCUCAUGACAUAUGUAUAAAAGUAAGUGCAUUUCGUCAAAACAAGACAUUUGCACUCACAUUUACCGGAUAUAUCAUUGUGUGCGUACAGAGGUAAGUGAUUUGGUGUUAAGGUGUUAACUCUAAUGAACGGUCAAGCAAAUAUGAAAUACUCAGCGCAACAUAUAUUUUAUAAUAUAUACGGAUGGUAAAUUUUACGACCAAGAACCAAUUCUGAUUAAAAAUGUUUACACAAACAAUACUUUAAAUUGUUCAAUUUCUGUUGAAUAUAAAAAAGCUAUCGCAAAAAAAAAAUCUGCAUGAAAACAGCUCAAAGUAUCAAAAUAUGUUUCAAAAAUGACACUUUUAUUGCGAGUUUUUAUUUGCUGCGCGUUGUGUGUUUCACUUGAUUUAAUAAACAACACAGAAUCUCUGCUCACAACGGAGUCUUACCUUAUCAGCCAGUCGAAUAAAAGAUCAUGCAGCAUAGCAUUUACCAGUGACAAUGCCACAUCUGACGAAAAAGAACUUAUUUGGGAUAAUAUCGGAAAUGUAAACGCUAAUGAGUACGUGAUAGUUAAUUUAUCGAAAUGUAGAAUAGAAGAUGUUAACUCGUUUAUUUGCAGUGUAUGCUCCAAGUCGAUAAACAUGUCUAUAAAUAUGUCUUGGAAUAAAAUCAAAUCACUUGAUGGAAUUGACUGUACUUGUCAUGGCAUUAUGGAAAUAGACCUGUCAAAUAAUGAAAUAACUUUACUAAAGGCGGAAUCAUUGACAUUUGCCAAAUACGCUACGAGGAUUGAUAUAUCAAGAAAUAACAUUUACAAUCUUAACAAGCACAUAUUCACCGAAAUGAAAAUAUUACAGUCGCUUGAUUUAUCAAGAAAUGCUUUUCGGGAUUUAAACGCCAACAUUUUUGAGGACCUGGUAUAUUUACGCAAACUGAACCUCUCUGGAAAUGAUAUACAUAUUAUAGAAUCAGGAACAUUUAUACAUCUAACCAACUUGGAAGUGUUAGACUUAUCGUGUAACAAUAUCCAUACAUUCGACAUUGAAGCUUUUAAAGGUAUUGAAAAUUUAAAAUAUUUAAAUAUCUCUGGCAACAAGUUAACAGAUCCAAUAUUAUCUUAUUUGACAAUAUUUCGUAAUUUGUAUUCGGUUGAUUUAGGUAAAAACAAUUUUGAAGGAUUUGUAGAAGGCAGUCUUAACAAAUUUCACAUACAUGAAAUCAUUUUGAACAACCUACCUGGUUUAAAAUACAUACUUACGGGUGCUUUUAGCAACGGAUAUUGCCUAAGCAGAUUUGAUAUCAGCCGGAAUAGAAAAUUAAUAUUUGUAGAAGAACUUGCAUUUCAGAAUUUACCGGAUAAUAUGACAUUUGACAUCAGCUUUACUAACCUAACAUCAUUUCCAUUUAUAUCAAAUAAUACGAAAGUUAAAAUUAUCGAAACACCAAUCAACUGCUCAUUCAUUCCGGUUAUUGGAAUAUUUUCAAGAAAUAAUUCUUGCGAAGACCAAUUUACUCAUCCUGGGCAAAACAUUGUUUCGCAAAUAGAGGAUCAGUAUGCUCUCUAUAUUGGCCAACGCCUUCUGUUGGAUUGUUUUGCAGUUGGUCAGCCAAAACCACACGUGACAUGGGAACGUGUCCAGACGGGGCUGCAUGGGGAAGUAUGGAGUAAAGAAGUGAUCGCUGAAAGUUACUUUUUAAACUUAAAAAUAUUAUCAUUGAAUAUGGAUGGAAAGUACCGAUGUGUCGCAGAAUCAAAUGGUGCAAACGUGUUUAGAUAUUUUCACAUCAAAGUAAAACCAAUAAAUAUUCAAAUCAAUGUGUUGUCACGAAGCUCUACCUCAAUACUUGUCACGUGGAACAAGACACUCCAAAAACAAAAACACGUGCUAAUAUAUCGAACUUUUGAGACAUCGUCCGAUUACGUUAUUCAAAACUUGAAUACGUUUGGGAAAAUAUUUGUAGUCCGGCCUUUGCAACCAUUCACCCAAUAUGAAAUAUGUAUAGCCUCGUUUUCAGAUAUAAAUGAUAAGUCAUGUGUACGUGUAAUGACUUUAAGUGAAGAAAAUAAAACAGAAGGCAUACGUUAUAAUCAUCUUGCAAUAGCAUUUUUGAUCAUAUCAGGAGUGAUAUUUGGUGUUUUUAUUCUGACAGUUGUCUAUAGAUGUGUAGAUAAAGUUCGAAUUAUUGCCAGACAAAAUGUUUUUAUUGUUGGUUCGGAGUCACGUGAAUGUUUCGCUGACGUCACGGAAUCCACAUUUACGUACGAAAACCAACAUGUUGAGCAUAUGAAUGGUCAGUAG